AUGUAUGUAAAAUGUAUAAACACCAAUAAGAUUCGCGCCAAAUUCCCUAAAUAUAACUAAAAAUCAAAAACAAUUCAAUAAUUUCUAUUAAACGGACAACGCCUAAGAUUAUUAAUGCAUCUAGCGCUUCUUUGGGCAACGCCACCACCAUUUUGUUUUGGACGGAACGAAAAAUAUUAAACGCCUCGUGCUCUGUGACUGUAUAUGUGUUUAUGUGUGCGUGUGUAUUUAUAUGUAAAACCAUGAACAUUUUCCUGUUUAACUAUUUAUUAAAUAAAAUCAAAAUAACAAUUUAUCAAAUAUAUUGAAACCAAAACAUGGACUCAGCUGAAGAUGAAGCAGCGCCAUCUUCAGAGAUCCAUUUGAGGAAACUGCUGCUGGAGAUAGCGAACAAUCGGCCAGGGACAAAUGUCGCCAAAUCCAUACAAAGUUAUGAUGAGCAACCAGAUUUAGCGACAUUGGUAUUGCUGCUGGAAGAGGUAUCCAAAAAUACCGAUUACUCCACUGAUCUGCGGCUCUCUCUUGUCUAUUAUUUGAAUGAAUUCCUGCGACAUUGCUCCCCUCAGAACAAAAAAGUUUCCCGUCGUUCUGCUAUAGUGAAUGCAGGCAGUGUCCUGCAAUAUUGUGGCAAAAUCUAUGGAGAUCGUGUGGAGUAUAUGUACCAAGUGGUGGAGCAUCAAAUUGAAUCUCUGCUUUCAUCGGAGAAAGAGACUCAAAACGAAAAUGGCAAAGAGGGCGAUAAAGCAGUUUCUCCCCCCGAAGCAGCUCCGCAACGAAAACGACGCACCAAGAAGCUAACCCAAAAGGAAGUGGAUCCCUAUAUGCUGAAUGUGGAACCAAGGAAAUUUAAGAAAAUGUCCGAAGAGAAACGUUUCAGUACGGCGGGAUUUGUGAAAUGCUCACGCAAUCGGACAAUCGAAUAUCUUUAUCAGGAUCAUACACCGCCAAAUCUGUGGCGCCAUGCUCCAAUCGUCGAUCCGCAAAAUCCAUUUGAGAUCGAUGAGAAAAAACAUUAUAAAUUAUUUUCGUAUCAUGUGGAACACCGUUAUAAUACUCUCCUGCCGGAUAUACCCUUCGAGCGAUUGAAUCUUAUCAAAGAAUAUGUCGAUUCGAAUCAGGUGAACACAUCAGAAAUGCUAAAUGAACAUAUGACCACAAAGGACUAUCUGGAUGAAUAUAUUGCAUUGGAGAAUCAGAUGUUAGCCUCACGUUACGGAGCCAAGGCAAGGACGAGAACAACAAAUAGACUGGAGAAACGUUUGCUAGAGCAAUACGAGGAUGAAGGCGCAUCGCAGGAUAAAAGACCGCGGCUGGACAUCGAUGAAACAGCGGCGGCGGCGGCAGCGGCAGCGGAUGAUGGCGGCAUAGAUGAGGCUGAGCCGAUGGAAUUGGAUGAGUGCGGAGAGGAGUUGAGCAAACAAAUCUCUGUGGACUCUGGAAUAUCUAUAGACGCUAGUCAAUUGGAAAAUUCCAUUUUUAAUGCCAGCCAAACGGAUGCACCACCUUUUAGCAGCACUUUGGCCAACAAUGAGUCCAGCAUUUUAGAUGGCAGUCAGAUAGAUCUACCGUCCAGAGACUUGUCCACCUCCGACGCCGAUGUUAGUGAAGAAAAACAGGUUUCCCACUCCGAGGGGCAGCUUGAUUCCGGUAUUGGCAUGGAGGAAAUUAGUGAUUUGCAUUCUUUUUCGCGUAUCUGCGCAACAGGACGGUCUUUUGAUGACGAGGGUGUUGUACUUUCAGAUUUAGAGGAUCAAAGGAUUGGCUCAUUGUCGCCCAAAGUGAUGGUAAGGGAUAUACUGCCGGGGGUGCCCAAUAAGGAUACGAUGAGUGUCCAUCUAGAUGCCGAAAUGUUGGCCCUAAGCGGAGUGGACGAUAGCGAAGUGCCCCCAAAAGUCAUAGAAGAGGGAAAUACAGCAGCUGUAGAACCCGAACCUCAACCAGCAUGCAAAGAAAAUCCGAAACUCUGUUUAGAUGUUUGCUAUGAAAUCAAACUAAAUAUACUCAAUAUACCGCAGAAACGAUUGCGUGGCACUUGUCUCUUUAAGUUGCCCAAGACAUUUGAUUUGUUUAAACAAUCGCGUUUGCCUAGCCGACGUGAAGGGGAGACCAAAUCGGGAAAAGUUAAGAAAAUAUCACUCCAAGCCAACACAGGAGAAUCUCCUACACCUGAAGAUGAAGUUGUAUCGAAAACACCUCUUAGCUUGGAGUUUGAUCAGGAUCAAAAUUUUCUGGGUUUUCGACGGCUUACCUAUGAUUCGGGAUUUGACUUUGAGGAGAUCCGAGCUGAAUCUGCAGUUGAGGAGAAGCCGCCUGCUCUGUUAAUGGAAACCCUUGAAACUGAAGCAAAUAAAACAAUCGAUGAGAGCAUUGCCAUUGUUGAUGAAACAUGUGAGGCCGAUAUUAGCGUUCAAUUGCCACCCGCUUGUGAAGAACUACCUAAUGGACAGUUGAAUGAGACAACUGCAUCGGCAUCGGAAGACAUACCACCAUUGCCAUCAGAGGUAGAAGAAGAAGAAGAAGAAGCGUUGCCAGAGACAAUAGCGGACAAUAAUAAUGAUGAAGAUGCUAACAUUGACGCUAAUGAUGCUCAUAAUCAUAAUGACGAACCUAUGCCCAGUGCUCGAUUGGCAGACGACAUCUCAAAGAAUCCAGAUAUGAUAGAUUUAAAUGAUCCAAUUGAGGUGGAUAACAGUGAGGCGAUCCAAGAAUGGCACAGACGACUGGCACCCGCCCUGGAGGCGGCUCAUGCAAGGCAAAAUUUUGACAUUCAAGCUCUAGGCACUGAAAUUUUAAAUGUGUGUCAAGCUGAAAAUGGUGAAGCGUCUAUGGCGAAAGUUAUGGAGGAUAAGGAUCCAACAACGCUUUGCCGCUAUAUGCUUGCCUCGCUGCUGCUGACUAACCAUGGAAAUGUCUCAUUAGACUUUGGUCAAAGGAAUAAAUCAAAGCCCAUGGAACUGGACAAGUUCAAUAUGAAGCUAUUGUCCACCCAUCGGCAGAAGUUGCAUCCCGAGGAUGAUGUGGGCAACGUUCAAUUAGUAAAGGCAAAAACAAUUGAUAAACGGAAUUGCUCGAAGUUGCCUCCAGCCAGUGUACGGGCCAAGCGGAAAUCAACAGAGUUGCCUGUUCCAGUGAUAUGUGCUAAAACGGUGCGAUUGAUACAACCCAUACCCAAGUCUAGUCAGAGUCCAGAGGAUACUGAUUCUGGCAUAUCAUCGCUGCCUUCCUCUCAAAUGUCCACAUCGACGUUUAGGAGUAGCCAGCUGUAGUUUACCCCCAACCACCCACCCACUUCCCUUAAUCUGUGUUUUGUAGUGUCAUUUUCAUCGUUUUGAGAGUCUUCUAGUGUGCAAUGUCCAGUGUAAAAUUUGUUUGGCAUAUUCGCAUUGGUUUUUAAAUGGAAUUUCUAACAUGAAUUUCUCUUAAUAUUUUUUCGCAGUUAAAGAGUCUGCCGCAUCCGAUAUACUUUUCACAGGUGUACUGCAAAAUUAAGAGGCUAUAGCUA